AUGGUCGCCCUCACCAAACAACCGCCAGCAAGGCUGGUCACUUCUGCAGUCGUUCUCGCCGCAGCUUGCCUUCCAUUGGUUCAAGCAGCGUGCGAGUGCGGUUAUCGCGAUCCAAUCACAAACGCACUCUGGACGGAUCGAACCAUUACCUACUUUAACGAGACCGGUCUCAACGAUGUUGUCACUCAACCAGCACAAUCCCCCCGCAUUGAUGGUGGCGCCACCCCAGGCGAGACCGGAGAUGGACAGCAGACAUGGUCACUCGUAGGCAACCUCAUCAACAAAUGGGAAAACAGCUUCGACGCCACCUACCGUAGCGCCGUCAGCUACAACAACACCUUCAUCCAAGACGAUGCGCUCGCACUCCAGGUCUCGCCCGCAGAGCCCGUGCACCGCAUUGUCAAUGGCUCCCAAAUCGUCACACGCAGGCGUGAUAUCCUCUACGGCUCCUUCCGUGCCCAAAUUGAACCCGCCACCUCUCGCGGCGCAGGAGCCGCUUUCAAGUUCAGCGCCUCCUACAACGACUCGGAGACCGUCAACCUCGGGAUUUUCACCUCGAACGACCCUGCCAACUCGACGCUUCAAUGGUCCUGGUCCGCGUACGGCCAAGGCGACCAGCCAGUCAAACUCAACAUGUCAUCCCUCGGCACAGACGAUUACCUCGAACACCGUUUCGACUGGCAGCCUGAGCUGCUCCAGUGGCGAAACGCUGCCACCAACGAAAGUGCCAACUUCCACUCGGUCCAGAAGGGAGUCAAUGCAACGCAUUUGCCUAUCACCCCCAUGCCCAUCAGCUUCCAGGCUUGGUCCAAUGGCGAGCACUCGCAGUCUCAAGGACCGCCUAGACGCAGUCCUCUGCUCACUCACGUCCGCUAUGCGCGCUUCUUCUUCAAUUCGAGUCUUGAAGAGCGCCAAAUGCAGUUCGAAUCGCAAUGUUCGGCGGUCAGCACCAAUGCCGACGCCAUUUGCAGCACAGACGACUUUACCCUUCGCAACAGCACUGCCUUCGAUCUGGCGGCGCUCAACCAGUUCAAGCCGUCUAAAAAGCCAUUCCAACCCCCUCUGUACGCUGUCAUUGUCAUCUCGGCUGCUGCCGGCAUCUUUGUUAUGACCAUCGCUCAUGGAUUGGUGGUGCGCUCCGUCAAGGCAGGGGACAAGAAACGCGCCGCAUCCAUCGCUGCUCAAGAGAAGGAGCAGCACAUUUCAGCUUCCUCUUCCCAAACCCAUGUCGAUCGGUCUGCACCCCCUUUGUCGGUCUCUCCGCUCGCUUCCAAGCCUUCGAGCUACGGCUACACCUCACCUGUCACCCCGAUCGACGAAAUGGAUGUCAAGUCUCGCCUGUUCGGCCUCACCCCCGUCACGACUCCCGGCUCGAUGAGCCCAGCUCAUGGUGCCUCUUUGACGGUAACCAAACCGGUCCAGCUCUGGACCUCGCCAGACCUCGUCUACGGCUCCGAUUCCGACUCGGACGACGACGGUGACUCGGACGACGAAGACUGGGACGCGCGCUCUUACAAAAGCCACGUCGAGAUGGCAGCAAAGGGCAACGGUCUGCUGCCGCAAUCCUAUGCCUCGACCACCAACCUGAACAUGCGUCGACCAUCCCACUCGCACCACGGACACGACUCCGCAGCUUUUGGUAGCGGUGCUGAGACACCCAGAUGGAUUGAGGACAUGAACCGAACGCACGCUCUUCCAUAUGUCGCGCCUGGCUUUGCAGCAGACGCCCCAGCAUCGCUCUAUGCUCACAGCGUCUCCGGCCUGGCCCCGUCCUCGAGCCAAGGCCACAGCAUCAGGGGCGAUGACGACGAGAUUGAGCUGGUUGACGAUGCCAAAUCUGCUGAUAGCCGCGAAUCGAAAGAUUCUUCUUACCUUGGCAUCCCACGUGCCGAAUCGAGCGCUGGACACUCGACCUAUAUGACACACGAUCAGCUGCUCAGCAAACCGCGCGGCUCUUUCUCGUCGAUGCGCAGUGCAGCUGCCGCUUCCUCAAUGUUUGACUUCCAGCAUGAAGGCACGUCAAGGCCUGGGUCGAUCUUUGAGUCGUACGGCUCCGAAGCGCACGAAGCCUUCCAGCGUCCCCAGAUCAUCCAGUGGCAGCAGCGAGACCUCAAUGCUGCCGACGGUGAGGUCGGUGCGCUGGCUAAGCCCGAGCUUGGUGAUGCUGUCGGACGCAAGGCACGAGACGGUGCUGGUUCCAAAGUAAAGCCGCCCGAGUCGCUGCUCCAGACCAUGCUUCGCCGCACCAAAGAGUUCCUCUUCAUCAAGGGGACCACGCAGGUCACCUCGACGGGAGCGCGAAGGAUUGACUACCUCGACGGCAUGCGAGGAUUCGCAUGUUUCCUGGUCUCGUUCCACCAUUUCAUGCUCAUCUACUACUUUGGCAUCACCACACCCAAUGCGCCGCACCACUAUCCCAAAUUCGAGUUCUGGUUCCGCUCGCUCAUCGGCCCGCUUGUGGUCAACCAGGGUCUCAAGCUGGGCAUAUUCUUCAUGCUGCCUUCGCGUACCAUGACCAACCGAUACUUGCUCAAAGGUGGAUUGCAGAGCAUGGCCGAUGCUACUGUCAGGCGUAUCCCGCGUCUUGCGCUGCCCGUACUCGGUGCCGUGCUGGCCAACUACUUCCUCAUGGAUGUAGGAGCAUUCAAGUGGGUGCCUCGUCUGGCAUCGAGGACCUGGUCGACGUGGUCGUACUGGCAAAACUUUGACAAUGUCAUGGUCUUCUUGGAUGCCUUCAUCUCGCUCUGGUGGUCUGCUCCGCCCGUUCAGCCUGCGCUGGUGACGGGAUACGCUACUGGUGUGCUAUGGACCAUUCCCGUCAUCGUUCAAGGUACUUGGACUUGCAUGAUCUGCGCGCUUGUCGCACACGAGAUCAAGAACGCGUACAAGCGCUUCACGUUCUACGCUCUCUGCAUCACGCUGAGCUGGUACGCGCAGACAUGGGAUCUUUACUUCAUGGCGGGUCUCGUAGUCGCUGACCUGGACAGCAAGCUCAACUACCAAGCAGCCGCCGCUAAAGGCAUUCCGCUGGUGCCUGCGUUCGUGCGUCGCGGGCUACGUCUUCCCGAGUCGGUCGGCAAGCUCCGUGUGCACGGUCAGGUGCUGGCGUGGGCGCUCUUCCUCGCAGCGUGGACGCAGCAGUACCUGUCGCAGAUCCCCGGCGCGCGCGGCAACGGCUUCGACAACCUUGAGCACAAGAUUCACCCGGACUGGACGAGCGAAACGCCACACGCUUGGACUGAUGACGCAGGCAUCGGCUACACGGACCCACGCGUGUCGUCCUGGAUCCUCUCGUUCAGCUUCUUCUUGCUUACGGACCUGUCGGAUCUGCUGCGUGGCUUCUUCCGCUUGCGCGUGUGGUCCUACAUCGGCAGGAACGCGUUUGCCGUGUUCCUGAUGCACGGUGUCGUCUGGUGGACGUGGUCAGCAUGGCUGUGUUUGACUCUGCUUGCCGCCGGCGUGCCGUACUGGGCAACGAUUCUGGUCGUGGUUAUCACUUCGUAUGCGCUGCUGUUUGCUGUGGCGGAGUGCUUCACUGCCACGUUCGACACUUGGGGGGGUCUCUUCUCCAAGGCCGUCUGGAGAGCUACGUCUGGCGGUGUCGGCAGGAAGGUGUGA